AUGCCGCACCACGAGUCGCCUCCGCUGCCGCCCAUUAUGGUGGCCAGCAAGACCGCCGCUCCGUCUCCUGACGACGUCGCCCACAUCACCAACACGAUAUAUACCUCAAAGACGUCGCAAGAGUCUCUCGACGCCGCGUAUGCGCUCACCGACCUGCUUCUGAACAGCGUGGGCUUCCGGGGUCUGACAGCAUAUGGCAUUCUGCCUGGCAUCGUAAAGGCUGCCGCCGACAAGAAAAAGACUGAGAAGAGGGAGGGCGCCAUGUUCGCGCUCGGCGCCAUUUUCGAGCGCUUCCCACCGAAGGCGAGACUGAGUGAGGCAAUAUUCUUGGUGCAAGAGACGGACUUGGUGAAGGUGGCCCUGGAUGCACUCGCAGAUCGUCAGUCCUCUGUGAAGGAGGGUGCGCGAUAUGCCUUGGACGCCUUGUACGGACAUCUCUCCCCCGAAGCCAAGGUGUCUGGUCUUUUGCCGCUACUGCAGCAAUACAUUCGCAAGAACACUGGCAAAUGGCAGGGUGCAGUCGGUGCAUUCGAGCUCAUUGGCCGCAUGGCCGACGAUGCGAAGAUGGGCAUGGAAAGCGUCGAGGUCGAGCAGAACAAGGACGUCCUUCGUGAAGCCAUGGGCAGGAAGCUUUCCGCGCUCAUCCCGAUAGUCGAGGCUGGCAUGCACGAUUUGAAGUCAGAGGUUACCAAGCAGGCCAUCAAGGCCAUGAAUAGCUUGACCGAGCUGCUACAGAACGACGACGUGGCACCGCGGUUGCCACUGUUGGUAAAGAGCAUAGAGGACCCCAGCACAGAGGCACAAAGAAAAGCCAUACACGCACUCAGCCAGACUACGUUCGUCACUGAAGUCACCGCCCCGGUGCUUGCUAUGCUGACUCCGAUCCUGGAGCGAGUAUUGAACUCGCCUACAACCACUCAGGAAGUACUGCGACAGACCGCUGUCGUGGUCGAGAACUUGACCAAGCUGGUGCAGGACCCCAUCGAGGCUCGUGCGUUCUUGCCAAAGUUGCAGCCAGGUAUCAAGGCCAUUCGUGAUCGUGCCUCGCUGCCAGAAGUGCGUGACAUUGGCCAGAGAGCACUGGAUGUCAUGCUCAAAGCUAUGGGUGAAAUGACCAACGGCGAUGCAAAGACGAAGGAGGCUAUCGCCCGCACGUCGGCGGAGGAGGUCUCGACUGUCAUCGACCGUGAGAUCAAGCAGAAUGGUGGAUUACUGGACUACCCUGGCGACUCCGACGUCUGGACGCACGCCAAGCCGUAUGUUUCAGAGAUGGUCGCAGAGGUUUGCGGUCAACGACUACUCCAGCGUGUCGAGAAGAACAUUGUCCCAUAUUUGCAACCUCUACUUGAUGAUGGCAAAGCACAAUCCGUUGCAGAAGGUGUUCAUAAGCACUUUGUAGCAGAAGAUGAGCGCAAGUAUGGAGCUCCUCCGAAGGAAGACGAUGGCGAAAUUGAGAUCGUCAACGCCAACUUCUCGCUCGGAUAUGGUGGCAUGCUAUUGCUUUCGCGUACUAACCUCCGUCUGCUCAAGGGUCACAGAUACGGCCUCUGCGGCCGUAAUGGUUGCGGCAAGUCUACACUGAUGCGUUCCAUCGCAAACGAUAAGCUCGAUGGUUUCCCACCUCAGGACGUGGUCAAGACAUGCUUCGUUGAGCACAACCAGGGUGAAGACGCCGACAUCACUAUCUUGGAGUACUGUCUCAAGGAUCCACAGCUCCAGGGCGAAGGCCAGGAGCGCAUUUCGGCUGUCCUGGAAGAGGUCGGCUUUACGGCCGGUCCAGAAGGUAGACAGUCACAGAAAGUGGGUAGUCUGUCAGGAGGAUGGAAGAUGAAGCUAGCAUUGGCUAGAGCCAUGUUGAUGCGCGCAGAUGUCUUCUUGCUGGACGAGCCGACUAACCACCUGGAUGUUGGCAACGUGAAGUGGCUGCAAGAGUAUUUGAAGUCGCACACCGAGAUCACUUCUCUGAUUGUCUCUCACGACUCUGGAUUCCUUGACGAGGUGUGCACAGACGUUUACAAUUACGAAAACAAGCGACUGGUACACUACAAGGGUAACCUCGCAGACCUGGUCAAGGUCCGUCCAGAGGCAAAGGCAUACUACACCCUGAGCGCGUCGCAGGUUCAGUUCAAAUUCCCACCACCCGGUAUUUUGACCAGUGUCAAGUCGAACACUCGUUCGAUCCUACGAAUGACGAACUGCAACUAUACAUACCCAGGAGCAUCGAAGCCAAACUUGAAGAACGUUAGCGCUCAGCUGAGCUUGAGCAGCAGGGUAGCCAUCAUCGGACCCAAUGGAGCCGGCAAGUCGACUUUGAUUAAGGUGUUGACUGGCGAGGUCAUCCCGCAGGAAGGCAAGGUGGAGAAACAUCCUAACCUGCGUAUUGGCUACAUCAAGCAGCACGCCCUCGAACACGUGGAGAUGCAUCUCGAGAAGACCCCUAAUCAAUACCUUCAGUGGCGUUAUGCCAAUGGUGACGACCGAGAGGUGCUCAUGAAGCAGACUCGUGUGCUCACUGCAGAAGACAAGGCACAAAUGGAGAAGUUCAUCAACAUCGGCGAUGGCAAAGGCGCGCGACAGGUCGAGGCUUUGAUUGGUCGUCAGAAGUACAAGAAGAGUUUCCAGUACGAAGUCAAGUGGGUUGGCUGGCUGCCCAAGCACAACACUAUGAUCUCGCGCGAAACCCUGAUGGAGCAAGGCUACCAGAAGCUAAUCCAAGAGUUUGAUGAUCACGAAGCAAGCAGAGAAGGUCUCGGUUUCCGCACAUUGGAGCCAAAGGUCAUCUCGAAGCACUUUGAGGACGUCGGUCUCGACCCUGAGAUUGCUGACCACAACGAGAUCAGUGGUCUUUCUGGAGGGCAGAAGGUCAAGGUUGUCUUGGCAGGUGCCAUGUGGAAUAACCCUCAUCUGCUCGUUCUCGACGAGCCUACCAACUUCCUGGACCGGGACUCUCUAGGUGGUCUUGCUGUCGCUAUUCGCGACUGGAAGGGUGGUGUUGUCAUGAUUUCUCACAACGAAGAGUUUGUUGGCGCUUUGUGCCCUGAACAGUGGCAUGUCAAUGAUGGUCAGCUCACACAGAAGGGACAUCUCGCGAUCAGCAUGGACCGCUUCGAGGACUCUCGACCCGGCUCUUCGCUCAACUCCUCUGCCGCGCCGAGCACAGUCGCCAGUUCAGUAGUGUCAAGUGCGGCCGCUACGCCAUCGGGAAGUGGCGCACAGUCAGAAACCGAGGGCGGCAAAGACGAUAUGAAGUUCAGAUCGAGGAAGAAGAAGAAGAUGACGAAGAAGGACAAGAAGGAGCAAGAGGUGAGAAGACGUCUGAGGCACAUCGAGUGGCUCAACUCACCGAAGGGCACACCUCACCCGGUAGACAGCGACGCAGAAGAAGAAUAA